AGUGGGUCUAUGAGCUUCGCUGGCCAAUGUAAAUGCGUGUUGGCUGCACAGUGCAAGCAGACUGCCCCUGCCCUUGCACCCACACGAUCGACAAGCCACUUGAAACUUUAUUGCGACUUCAUUCAACACUCACCCUGUUCUCGUUCUUCAUCAGACUGCAAAUCACCGACACGCCAAACACGUCAUCCGCUAGAUCCAAAACGCGUUCAUUCAAGAUGUUUAUGAUCGUUGCUAUCAUCCGGAACUGGAGGGUUGACUGGCGUCGCGUCAGAGACGAAGCUAUUCGGAUGUUAAGGAUAUUGACCGGAGCGUUGUGAGCAGCCCGUCUCCUAUCCCAUCAGCACGCCAACCUUCUGAGCAAGGUUUAAUACAUUGUCGACUACUGUAAAAACAUAAUCUGA